CUUGGGUGGGAGGAAGGGUGCGUGGCGACGCGGAGCGUGACCGCUGGCGCUGCGCGAGCGCUGCCGGCGCGGCCCAGGUGACAGGUUGUUGAAUGGCGCGGCCAGUCUGUCAGCAGACUCGGCUUCAUCUCAGGGUCUGCAGGCUCCCGCUCUGAGGCCCCCGGAGCAGUCCUGCCGGCGAGGGCCUGCAGGAGUCGGCCGGCCUCACUAUGCUGGACUUCCUUGCCGAGAACAACCUCUGCGGCCAGGCAAUCCUGAGGAUCGUCUCCUGCGGCAACGCCAUCAUUGCUGAACUCCUGCGGCUCUCCGAGUUCAUCCCCGCUGUCUUCAGGCUGAAAGACCGAGCCGAUCAGCAGAAGUAUGGGGACAUCAUAUUUGACUUCAGCUACUUUAAGGGCCCAGAAUUCUGGGAAAGCAAACUGGAAGCUAAGCCAGAGCUGCAGGAUUUAGAUGAAGAAUUCCGAGAAAACAACAUAGAGAUUGUGACCAGAUUCUACUUAGCGUUUCAGAGUGUGCAUAAGUACAUCGUAGACUUAAACAGAUACCUGGAUGACCUCAAUGAAGGUGUUUAUAUUCAGCAAACCUUAGAGACUGUGCUUCUCAAUGAAGAUGGUAAACAACUCUUGUGUGAAGCACUUUACUUAUAUGGCGUGAUGCUGCUGGUCAUCGACCAAAAGAUGGAAGGAGAAGUCAGAGAGAGAAUGCUAGUUUCCUACUACCGAUACAGUGCUGCCCGGUCUGCCGAUUCAAAUAUCGAUGACAUCUGUAAGCUGCUUCGAAGUACAGGUUAUUCCAGCCAGCCAGGAGCCAAAAGACCCCCCAACUACCCCGAGAGCUAUUUCCAGAGAGUGCCUAUCAACGGUUCCUUCAUUAGUAUGGUCAUCGGCCGCCUCAGAUCUGACGAUAUUUACAACCAGGUCUCUGCGUACCCACUGCCCGAGCACCGCAGCACAGCCCUGGCCAACCAAGCCGCCAUGCUGUAUGUCAUCCUCUACUUCGAGCCCUCCAUCCUGCACAGCCAGCAGGCCAAGAUGAGAGAGAUCGUGGAUAAGUACUUUCCAGAUAAUUGGGUAAUUACCAUUUACAUGGGAAUCACAGUAAAUCUAGCAGAUGCUUGGGAACCGUACAAAGCUGCCAAGACCGCCCUAAACAACACCCUGGACCUUUCCAAUGUCAGGGAGCAGGUAGCCUGUGACCCAAACAACAAACGCAUCCGUCAAAUCAAGGACCAGAUUCUAACGGACUCCAGGUACAACCCCAAGAUCCUCUUCCAGCUGCUACUGGACACGGCACAGUUUGAGUUUAUUCUCAAGGAGAUGUUCAAGCAGAUGCUCUCCGAAAAGCAGAGCAAGUGGGAGCGUUACAAGAACGAGGGCUCGGAGCGGAUGACCGAGCUGGCCGAGGUCUUUUCUGGAGUGAAGCCGCUAACCAGAGUGGAGAAAAAUGAAAAUCUUCAAGCGUGGUUCAGAGAGAUCUCAAAACAAAUACUGUCCUUGAACUAUGAUGAUUCUACUGCUGCGGGCCGCAAAACCGUGCAAUUGAUCCAAGCCUUGGAGGAGGUUCAAGAGUUCCACCAGUUGGAAUCCAAUCUGCAAGUAUGUCAAUUUCUGGCUGACACCCGAAAAUUUCUCCACCAAAUGAUCAGGACCAUUAACAUCAAAGAGGAGGUCCUGAUCACAAUGCAGAUCGUAGGGGACCUCUCCUUCGCCUGGCAACUAAUCGACAGUUUUACCUCCAUCAUGCAAGAGAGCAUACGGGUGAACCCAGCCAUGGUUACUAAACUCAGAGCUACGUUCCUGAAGCUUGCCUCUGCCCUUGACCUGCCCCUUCUUCGCAUCAACCAAGCCAACAGCCCCGACCUUCUCAGCGUGUCUCAGUAUUACUCUGGUGAACUGGUGUCCUAUGUGCGAAAGGUUUUGCAGAUCAUUCCAGAAAGCAUGUUUACGUCUCUUCUGAAGAUCAUAAAGCUUCAGACCCACGAUAUCAUCGAGGUGCCAACCCGCCUGGACAAAGACAAGCUGAGAGAUUAUGCCCAGCUGGGCUCACGAUACGAGGUCGCCAAGCUCACUCAUGCUAUUUCCAUUUUCACUGAAGGCAUUCUGAUGAUGAAAACCACGCUGGUCGGCAUCAUCAAGGUGGAUCCGAAGCAGUUGCUGGAAGAUGGAAUCAGGAAGGAGCUCGUGAAACGCGUUGCCUUUGCCCUGCACAGGGGCUUGAUCUUCAACCCGAGAGCCAAGCCAAGUGAAUUGAUGCCCAAGCUGAAGGAGCUGGGGGCUACCAUGGAUGGAUUCCAUCGUUCUUUCGAAUACAUCCAGGACUAUGUCAACAUUUACGGCCUCAAGAUCUGGCAGGAAGAAGUGUCUCGCAUUAUAAAUUACAACGUGGAGCAAGAGUGUAAUAACUUCUUAAGAACAAAGAUUCAAGACUGGCAAAGUAUGUACCAGUCGACUCACAUUCCGAUACCAAAGUUUACCCCCGUGGACGAGUCCGUCACCUUUAUCGGCCGCCUCUGCAGAGAAAUCUUGCGGAUCACAGACCCAAAAACGACAUGUCACAUAGACCAGCUAAACACUUGGUAUGAUCUGAAAACACAUCAAGAAGUGACCAGUAGUCGGCUCUUCUCAGAAAUCCAGACCACGCUGGGAACCUUUGGUCUGAAUGGAUUAGACAGGCUUCUGUGCUUCAUGAUUGUGAAAGAGUUACAGAAUUUCCUCAGUAUGUUUCAGAAAAUUAUCCUGAGGGACAGAACUGUUCAAGACACUCUAAAAACCCUCAUGAAUGCUGUCAGCCCCCUCAAAAGUAUUGUAGCAAAUUCAAAUAAGAUCUAUUUUUCUGCCAUUGCCAAAACACAGAAGAUUUGGACAGCUUAUCUCGAGGCUAUCAUGAAGGUUGGGCAGAUGCAGAUUCUGAGACAGCAGAUUGCAAAUGAACUAAACUACUCCUGUCGGUUUGACUCCAAGCAUCUGGCAGCUGCUCUGGAGAACCUCAAUCAGGCUCUCUUAGCAGACAUUGAAGCUCACUAUCAGGACCCUUCACUGCCUUACCCCAAAGAAGACAACACCCUCUUGUAUGAGAUCACAGCCUAUCUGGAGGCGGCUGGCAUCCACAAUCCUCUGAGUAAGAUCUACAUAACAACAAAACGCUUGCCUUAUUUUCCAAUUGUCAACUUCAUAUUUCUGAUCGCCCAGUUACCAAAACUGCAGUACAACAAAAACCUAGGAAUGGUCUGUCGCAAGCCUGCAGACCCUGUCGACUGGCCACCGCUAGUCCUGGGCCUGCUCACUCUGCUAAAGCAGUUUCAUUCCCGGUACACGGAACAGUUCCUGGCGCUGCUCGGCCAGUUCGUCCGCUCCACCGUGGAGCAGUGCACAAGCCAGAAGAUACCUGAGAUGCCUGCUGAUGUGGUAGGCGCCCUUCUGUUCCUGGAGGACUAUGUUCGAUACACGAAACUUCCCAGGAGGGUCGCUGAAGCACACGUGCCUAAUUUCAUCUUUGAUGAAUUCAGAACAGUACUGUGACGUCAUGUUUCUGCCGCUGCUUCAAGAAAGGGGUUGUUCGUAAGUCUUUCCACCAGCACGAAAAUGAACAUGCAGAUGGAAAGAAACUCAACUGCUCAAGUACCCUGGCUGCUUCCCCUCUUGCGGGAGACAGUACCAUCCUGAGUUGACGCAUCAUCUCACAGCGCUAGUUAAGAUUAUUCAUUCUGUUUAAAUCAUAUGCAAUUUAUAUCCUGUAGACGCAGAACAGAGUUUUGUACUGCCUCUUAUAAAUGCUGAAUAUAAUUGAUAUGCAUAAAUCCAUCUAGUUUUAUGUUCAAAAGAACUAUUUGUGUAACUUCAAAUUUUUAGCAAAAUAGUACUGCCGGUACCCAAAAUUGUCCUGCUGCUUUCUGCUUAUGUUCCAAAUACUACAUACUUACCCUAUAAAAAGGGUUGCUUCCAAGUCGAGAUGAAUCUGGGGGCGCAGGGGCUACACCACACCAUGCUGGCAGGCCCAUGUGCUGAUCUCACUGGUGGGCCAUGUGCAGUGGAUAGUUCUUGGAGGCUGAGGCACACCUUCUUUACCAAUCGCAGAUGCCCGGGGCAUUUCCAGCACCCCUUCUGUAGGACUCCCUCACUUUAUCUGCACCUUCCUUUCUCCCAUCCUUCCCCAGCAGACUGUAGCCCCUGAACCCUGCCCCAGUUCCCCAAACUAUAUUGCUAACCCUAAGCUGAUGUUUUUUUCUAACAAUUUAGCCAAAAAACUUUUAUUGCUUCUAAAAUCCUACAUCACUUGUACCUGAAAAUGAUUCUGUAAAAGGAGCUGAUCUGUGGCAAUUUGGACAUCAAAUUGGCUGAGCGAGAGAAAAGUUUUGGGGUUUUCUUCACCAUUCUCGGAAGCGAUGUUUGAAAAUAAUAGUAAUCCACAGCAGGAAACACAAAGUACAUCUGAGGUCACUAUGCAUUUUAUUUUCAUGUCCCACAAUGCCUUAUUCCAUAUGGUGAAUGCAAAAGAAAAACCGCAUUCCUCUGCAGUAACACUCAUUUAUGGUGACAAUCAUUUCUUUGAAAUAUCUAACUUGUCUGACCCUUCAUUUAAGUUGCAAAUUAAAGGAUAUAUUUACACAUGUA